UUCUCCACGUUACUCUUUAUUCCUCAAUUUUCUCCUUUUUUUUAUCUUUUAUCUUUCUAUUUCUGACGUUCUCUUCUUUGAUUCGAGUAAGUUCUCCAGCCCCAUUCCUCCCUCACUCUCCGCUCUCUGCGGCCUCCGCUUCCUCACGACUCUUUAUGCUCUCCAAUGAAUCGAGAUGAGGGAUAUGAGACAAUAGGUUCCCAAGUUUUCAUGGUUCUCCGAAUCAUGGAGAUGGAACGCGUCUCUGAAUUUCCUCACAAAAAGGAUCCAGCAGUAAAGUUUUCUUCAGCUUGGUGGUUGUGCAACGUGAUGAUGAAGAAGCAUCCAACAGGCAAGGUUUUUUUUUUUUUUGCUUUGUUGUUAUGCAUAUUUGCUUCCUUUUGGUAGUAACACUGAUCUUGCCUAUUGAAUGUUCUUUUGCUAUUGAAUGCUCUUUUCUUUGUUAUUUUGUUGGUUUUGUUGCUCCAAGUUAAAGUAGUUUUCGCUGCUCCAUGGUUUUGCAACGUCACCCGCGAGGAAGUAUCCAGACAUUGACUCAUAUUCCUGCACAUCAGCAAAUGUUUGUAACUUUCAAUCUUCAUAGGGCCGCACUCUUCCAUUCCACCCUUCCCCUGCAACGUAAACGCCGCAAUCAUUUGGACUCCAGAGGGAGCAAAGAUACCUCAAGAAGGUUUAGAAGGGUGCAAGCGAAACACAGAGCAAUGAACAAUAUCAAUGAUUAUGCAGAAUCCCUCUUUCAGAUGUGCCUAGAAAAUGGUGCGAGGCCAGAAAGAGAUGAACUUGAUUUUGAGUUUUUGGGAAACAAAACAGGAGAGCCUUAUUUGAUUCAGACUAAUGUAUACAAGAAUGGGACUGGUGGGCGUAAGAUGAGGCACAUGCUUUGGUUUGACCCCACAGAGGACUACCACACCUAUUCCAUUCACGAGGGAAGAAUUAGAAUGAGAUCAUGUUAAAGAGGCAUUUGCUUAGUUGAUUCUAACUAACUAGCUGCUAUGUAAUUUUAAUUUUUGGAGUUAUUUGCUGCUAGCUAGGGGACUUAUUAGGAAAUAAUUGAACAUCAACAUGUCAUUUGAACCUUAUGAUCAGAAUUGAAAUAUCUUGAUUAU